AUGGCUCUAUGUUGUUUCUGCUGCCUACUUCCGCUAACUCUCGCCUAUUCUCUUCGCGAAUUUCAAAAUGUUCCGGAUUAUCAACAACAUCAAAAAUGGGACAAGCGGGAUACGGUGGUGACGGAUUACUAUGGAUUUCCGCGGCCGGUUGCGGAACCGCCGUUUCGCGGAAAGCGUGACGCGAAGCGGACGCAGGUCGUUUAUCCGUCGGCUGCCGGACAGGAAAGUAUUCCGUUGACUGUUGCUAGAGAACCGCCAUUGAAACGAUUUUGUGAGUUGGAUUUUGGGCUUCUGGAUGAAAUUCUGAGUCGAAUGAUACCAAAUAAGCCUAAUAGGCUUAAGGUUUAGACUUAAGCUUUAGGCUUAAGGUUUAGGCUUAAGCUUUAGGCUUAGGCUUUAGGCUUAAGCUUUAGGCUUAGGCUUUAGGCUUAAACUUUAGGCUUAGGCUUUAGGCUUAAGCUUUAGGCUUAGGCUUUAGGCUUAGGCUUUAGGCUUAAGCUUUAGGCUUAAGCUUUAGACUUAGGCUUUAGGCUUAAGCUUUAGGCUUAAGCUUUAGGCUUAAUCUUUAGGCUUAAGCUUUAGGCUUAAGCAUUAGGCUUAAGGCUUAGGCUUAAGCUUUAGGCUUAAGGUUUAGGCUUAAGCUAAGCUUUAGGCUUAAGCCGCAAUUUUUUAAAAAUAUGAGUAAUUAAAAAUGACGUGACCUCAUUUUUGAAAAAAAAACCAAAAUUUUCCAAAAAUGAUGAAUAUUUUUCGUCAUUUUCCAAUUUUCUAAUUUUCCUCUGACUCAGUUAGCCUAACUCAAUUUUGAAAAUUACUUACUUCCUUAUUUUCUCAUACUUUUCACGCUCGAUUGAUUUCAGCUUGAAAACAACGAGUAGAAAAAAAUUAAUUUAAUUAAUUAAAAUUAUAGUGCACUAGAGCGCAUUUUAAUUAAUUAAUUUUGGCGUCGAAAUGACGUUUUGUCAAUGGAGCGCAUUUGAAUAUUCAUCAGAGCGCACUUGCUUUUUUUUCAAAAAAAAAAACCCUCCAAAAGUUUUUAAUGGAAGAAGAAGCAAGUGCGCUCCACUAAAUUUCGCGAAAAAUUUUCAAAUUCAAAUUUUUUUUUUAUUGCAGACGAUGAUUACAUCAUUCGACGACUAUACAAUGUCUAUGACAAUAAUAAUGAUUGGUGA